GGCGCGCGCUGACGUGCCGCAGCCACGUGUGCGGAAGCGGCGGCGGCGAACGGGACCGAGGGGGAUCGGGAGCCGGGUGCCGGCCCCGGCGGAGCCGAGCGCAGCCGCCAUGCCGCUGAAGGCCGUGAUCCUCAUCGGGGGUCCGCAGAAGGGGACACGAUUCCGGCCGCUGUCCUUCGAGGUGCCCAAGCCGCUCUUCCCCGUGGCCGGAGUGCCCAUGGUGCAGCACCACAUCGAGGCCUGCGCCAAGGUGCCCGGCAUGAAGGAGAUCCUGCUGAUGGGCUUCUACCAGCCCCACGAAGCCCUCAGCCGCUUCCUGGUGUCGGCGCAGCAGGAGUUCAAGAUCCCCAUCAGGUAUCUCCAGGAGUAUGCAGCGCUGGGCACGGGUGGUGGCAUCUAUCAUUUCCGAGACCAGAUCCUGUCAGGUGGUGCUGACGCCUUCUUUGUCCUCAACGCGGACGUGUGCUCGGAGUUCCCCUUGCUGGAGAUGCUGGAGUUUGGGCAGCGGCAUGGGGACGCGCACAGCUUUGUCAUCCUGGGCACCACAGCCAACAGGACACAGGCGCUGAACUACGGCUGCAUCGUGGCCAACACGGACACGCAGGAGGUCCAGCACUAUGUGGAGAAGCCCAGCACCUUUGUGAGCGAGAUCAUUAACUGUGGCAUCUACCUGUUCACCCCUGCUAUCUUCCAGCACAUUGGCGAGGUCUUCCAGAGGAACCAGCAGGAGCUGACGCUAGAGGAGAGCUCCAAUGGCUGGCAGCGGGCAGAAGUGAUCCGGCUGGAGCAGGACGUUUUCACGGUGCUGGCUGGGAGCGGCAAACUCUACGUGUACAAAACUGAUGGCUUCUGGAGCCAGAUCAAGUCAGCUGGUUCUGCUAUCUAUGCCAGCCGCCUUUACCUCAACCAGUAUAGCAAAAGCCACCCUGAGAGGCUUGCCCAGAACAAACCUGGAGGCCCUGUCAUCCGAGGGAACGUGUACAUCCACCCAACAGCCUCCAUCGACAGCACAGCCGUGCUGGGCCCCAACGUCUCCAUUGGGGAGGGGGUGACCGUGGGAGCUGGUGUGCGUGUGCGAGAGUCUAUUGUCCUGCACGGUGCCUCACUCCAUGACCACACCUGUGUCCUCAACACCAUCGUGGGCUGGGACAGCACCAUCGGGCGCUGGGCCCGGGUUGAAGGAACGCCCAGUGACCCCAACCCCAAUGACCCCUACGCCAAGAUUGACAGUGAGACCCUCUUCCGGGAUGGGCGCCUCACGCCCUCCAUCACCAUCCUGGGCUGCAGUGUCACUAUCCCUGCCGAGGUCGUUAUUCUCAACUCCAUCGUCCUGCCUCACAAGGAGCUCAGCCGCAGCUACAAAAACCAGAUUAUCCUGUGAGGCAACAGCUUAUGGGGUUGGGGGCCCAGUGCUGGCCACUCACUGCCUGCUGAGCCCCACAGCAAGAGCCUGGGCUGAGACUUCACCUCCUGGGAGGUUCCCAGCACUCCCCAAGGGGUAGGUGCACGCCAGGAGCCCUGCAAGUGCCUGACUCCUACUCCAGACAGACAUUAAAGCUGGUGAGCAUCAGCCUCGUGUGCUGCUUCUCUUGCAGCCCAGGGAGCAGCGCUGGGACAGAGUGAAGGCUUCAGGGAGGGCCUGUGGCAAAGCACCAGGCUCUGCGCCUGUAUAGGGAGCCCCUGGGCUGAGGCUGGUGAGCCUGCAGCAUCUUGGGUUCAGCUUUGGGUAUUUCUCCACCAAAGGCCACUACCAGCUUCAUCUUGCCUCUCCUCGCUAGGUUCUGUCUGCAACUCCCAGGCAGGUCUCAGCCCACCUCAGAGGCAGGGAAGGUUUGGAGGUGCUUGUCCUGCAUAGGCAGCUCCCGCUGCAGGAGGCGCUGGGGAGGAGGCAGAGAUCAACAGUGCGAUUGCACCAGCCUGAGCUGGGCUCCUGCCAGCUGCUGGCAAAGCAGAGCCACACUGGCACAGAGGGCAGGCUGCUGGCCCUGGAGGGAGCUGCAAGAGCCCCACUUGCCCCAGCACCACCUCCUCCUCAGAGAGGUGCCAGCCCUGCUCAGCCUGUUCCUCUGCCAGCCUCCUGGCCCCCAGCCCAGGUGCAGCUCAGGGGGCUGGGUACAUGUCUUCUCUAGCACUAGCCCUGGCCACAGGGCACCAGAGCAAUCCACGGAGCUAGAGGCAGGCGACAGACCUACCACCUUGCUCCCUCUUUGAAACAAAACAGGUUUUUAUCCUGCUGCUGCUUUUAUCCACUUACCUCCCCAGCUUUGCCUGUGGGUAGGGAGCUCUGUGCUAAAGCCCUGCCCUCCACCACAGGCCCCCCUCACGCCUCUCACCUCCUGCAGGGCACUGCAUUAGGGAUCUGCCAUUCAUCCAGUACCAGCCCAGCUUGAUGGAUUUGCAGUAAAUCCUUGCUCCCAGCCCGUGCCUUCCUCUGCCAGUUCUCCUGUGGUCCUGGGUGGGGAUUAGCUGUUCCCUGGCUUUAAGCAUAUUAAACUCCUUCAGUUUUGCCUGU